AAGCAUUUGGAUUCAUCAAACUUGUAGAGCUAACAUGGCUGGUCUAAUGUGUUAUGAACACAUUCUAGCAAGCUACCUAGAUAAAAUGAUGACAAUGAACCAUCAAAGACGGUGGUUGGAUACUUCCUGCCACUCUUUUCCACCACUACCAACCCUAGACAGCUUCAAGCAUACCUAUACCUAUCUCUGAAGUACGGACCAAAUGACGCUUUCGUCUCUAUGGAUAUAUCCAACAACAACAGAAAAGAGAUUCGUGGCAUCUGAUCUCAAUUGUACGUAACAAUUACCCCAUCCCUUCACCAGGUGGGUAAAAGCCGACAAGGCCAACGAAAGCAGCAUCAAAAGCUCCUUCCCCCCCCCAGUGACUAAAAUUUUCCUACCCCAGAUUUUCUAUUUUCUCCAGAGUUGCGAUCGCUAUCCUUAUCGCUGACCCUUUCGUUUCAGAUGAAAUAGAAGAGACUCUACAUCAUAACCACACCACACCACCCUCAUCGUCUUUUCUUAUCGCAAGCUCAACCUCAUUCCACACCACCACCCCCACUAAAAUAGACAACCUCAUCAGCUACAAACAACCACAUCGCCAAAUUGCGUCAAAACUACAAUUUCCAAAAAUUUGGGAGGGCUGAAUUAUCAGAGCGAUAUCGGAGUGGUGGUACCAACCCUCUCACAAAGAUACACGCAACCAUGGCCACCCAAGCGCAAUUACCAGAGGGCCGUGUCCUGAUCAUUAUGACAGGGGGAACGAUAUGUAUGAAGCCCUCGCCAGAUGGAGAGGGGUUGAUUCCUGUCAGAGGGUUUUUGAAUCAAGGGAUGGCUCCGAGGCCUUCGUUUAACGAUGGAUCUAUGCCUGGUAUGAGAUGACUUUUUCCUUUUGUACUUGAUUUUAGUGAAGGGCGCGAUUUCGGUUUUCAUCUCGCCAAAUGAAGCUUUCGAGUGAAAGUGGGUGAUACGAUGUUUGGGGGUGGUUUUUGAAGUCUUGUUAUGUACUGAUAGCCCUCGCGUUGGCCAAGAAAAGUGACAACCAAGGAUUCGAACUUGUGUUAUUCUGCUUUUCUGGAGUUGUACAAGUGAUCUUUAUAGAGGCUCAGAACAAUUGAGCGCAUUGUUUUUUGUUUUGUUUUGGUUUUUUGGUCAAUUUUCAAGUGGUUAUUAAGCAUUGCUUAAGCUACUCGUGGAAAACGAAGAGAGCGGCGAGUAUCAAAUACUUAUCCCCUAUCCUUACUAUGUAUCGCUAGAUGCGAUCUAUUAUAAAACACUUUCCAUCUUUCUCCCCAUUUUUCAGCAUCACCGGCCACAAAAAAUGAAGAAGAAAGAAAAAGAAAAAGAACUCCAAACUCACCUUCCAUACUCCAACACUAACAACCCCCAGAACCCCUCCCAGUAAUGACCACUGCAACAACCAAGAAAUACCUAAGAAGUCUCCGCACCCCACCAAGCACCUACUCCCGCCACAUCCGCUACACCCUCUACGAAUUCCCCGAACUGCUAGAUUCCUCUUCCAUCUCCUCGGAAGGAUGGACCCAAAUCGCCACCACAGUGCAAAACAAUUACUCCCUCUUUGAUGGCUUUGUAGUUCUCCAUGGCACCGACAGUUUGGCGUAUACCAGUUCUGCGCUAUCUUUUAUGCUCAGCCAUCUUGGUAAGCCGGUUAUUUUGACGGGGAGUCAGGCUUCGAUUUUUGCGUUGCAGAGUGAUGCCGAGGGGAAUUUGCUGUAUGUUUACCCCUUUUUUCUUUUCGCUUGUUUGUUGUCAUGGGGUGUUGAAAAGUCUUGCGAGGCUUGGAAGCUGGUCUCACGGAGUACUGCCUUCAGGUACGCGAGAUGUAUCGGUACAUAUCGUUACUCCAAUCGUUCUAGAUUAAAGAACCCAUGUAGUGAGAAGUGCGAAGUUUUGAAUUAAUUGCUUUGGUUAUGUCAAAUAUUGACAGUCUCAAAACGAUUAAGCGAAAUAUAUCAUGCCCGACAUGCCUUGAACUGAUUCAGAGCGUCUGGAUAAUCAGACCGAAACAACGUCUUAUCCUUACUACCGUUUCCUUCUUCCCAUUCUCACAACAAAAACAAUACAUCAACUAACAACCCACAGCGGCUCCCUGAUCCUCGCCGGUACAUUCAUGAUCCCCGAAGUCUGCCUCUUCUUCCACCACCGUCUCUUCCGCGGAAACCGCACCACCAAAGUCUCCGCCUCCUCCUUCGACGCCUUCGCCUCACCCAACUGCGAACCCCUCGCAACAAUCACCGCCAUGGGCGCAGAAGUAAACUGGAACCUCGUCUGCCGCCCCCGAUCCAUCGCCCGCUUCGACGUCCUCCGCCGUCUCGACACCGCCCACGUAGCCUGUCUCCGUAUCUUCGCAGGCAUAAAACCCGAAAUGAUAGCUGGAGUCCUACGAGUCCCAGGACUCCGCGGUCUCAUCCUCGAGACGUUCGGAGCGGGAAAUGCACCCAGUGGCGAGGACGGGUCAUUAACGGCGAUUUUCAAGGACGCUGUCGCGAGAGGGAUUGUCAUCGUUAAUGUAUCUCAAUGCCAAUCCGGCUCUGUAACCCCAUUAUACGCCCCUGCCACAGCACUAGGAAACGCAGGCGUAGUCUUCGGCCACGACCUCACCACCGAAGCCGCCCUCACCAAACUCUCCUUCCUCUUCGCCCUCCCCGAAAUCACCUACGAAGACAUCAUCCAACAAAUCCCACUCUCCCUCCACGGCGAAAUCACCGAAUCAUCCACAGCGCAAUUCUCGCACCCCUCCUCCAAAAAACCCCAUCUCAGCGAUCCCCAAACCGCCUUCGCAGCCCUCGGCUACGCCAUCGCCAAAGGCGACGUCGAAGCUGUCACUGAAAUGUUGGACGGUGAUCAGUAUGGCCUCUUGGAAGCUCAGGACUACGCGGGGAAUUCGGUUCUUCAUGUUGCGGCGCUGGGACCUGAGAAGAGGGUUAUGAGGGAGCUGUUGAAGAGGGGGGCGAGUGUGCAUGCGAGGAAUCGGGCGGGGAACUCGGCGCUGUUUUUGGCGAGAAGGAUGGGGAAUGGGGAGAUGGUGGGGUUGUUGGAGAGGGGUGGGGCGCAUUUGCAUGUUGAGGAGGUGGAGAGGGGGGGUGUUGAUGUUGGUGUUGGUGGUGGGGAGGGAGAGGGGGAAGGGAAGGGAAGGGGAGAGAGUAAUGGAGGGGUUGGUGGUGUUGGUGUGUAA